AUGGACUCUUUGGAACCAGCACCUGUUAACCCACAUAUCUCUGCGGAGCAGAUCCUGCGGGAUGUGUACAAGAAGGGCCAAAAGGCCAGAGGAUCAACUAAUAUUGAUAUACUGGAUUUAGAAGAGCUUCGAGAACAUCAACGUAGAAAGAGAACAGAAUAUGAGGGCUACUUGAAGAGAAAUAGACUGGACAUGGGUCAAUGGAUUCGUUACGCCCAAUUCGAGAUCGAACAGCAGGAUAUGAGGCGUGCAAGAUCCAUCUUUGAAAGAGCUUUAUUAGUAGAUAAUUCAUUUAUUCCUCUCUGGAUACGUUACAUUGAUGCUGAAUUGAAAGCAAAAUUCAUUAAUCACGCCAGAAAUCUGCUAAAUAGGGCCAUUGGUACGCUGCCGAGAGUUGACAAGUUAUGGUACAAGUAUCUCAUAGUUGAAGAGUCGCUGAACAAUAUUGAAAUCGUACGAUCAUUGUACACAAAAUGGUGCUCCUUGGAGCCAGGCGUCAAUGCAUGGAAUUCCUUUGUUGAUUUUGAAGUGAGACAGAAAAACUGGGGCAGCGUAAGAGAGAUUUAUUCUAAAUAUGUCAUGGUUCAUCCUCAAGUGAAAACGUGGCUGAAUUGGGCCAAAUUUGAAAUUAGACACGGCAAUGCUGAAUUUACGAGAAAAGUAUACUCUUUAGCGCUAGACACAGUGGUGAACCUUCAAAAUUUACAUAUUUGGUCGGACGUCGAGAUUGCGAAAGUGGUAAAUUCAUUCGCCCAUUGGGAAGCUACGCAACAAGAAUAUGAAAGAUCCGCUGCCCUUUACCGGAUUGCCAUAGAAAGAUGGUCUUCAAAUCAAUUACUUAAGAAUGGAUUGUUGGAUUUUGAGAAACAAUUUGGUAACGUAAGCUCUAUAGAAGAAACUAUCAGCUAUAAGAGAAAAAUGGACUAUGAAACAUUGCUGAGUCGUGACGCGUAUGAUUAUGACACUUGGUGGUUGUAUUUAGAUCUCAUUUUAGAAAGCUUUCCCGAUCAAAUAUUGCAGUGUUUUGAAAAAGCUAUUAUGAACGGCCGACCAAAAGAACUAUCAAAAACUUUCCAUUGGAGAAGAUACAUCUAUUUAUGGAUCAGAUAUAUAUGUUAUGUGGAGUUUGAAUUGGAAGAUCCGUUGCUGGAAGAUGAAAUUUUUCAAAGAUUAAUAAAUGAUAUUGUCCCACAUGAGCAUUUCACUUUUUCAAAAAUAUGGAUAAUGUAUUCAAAAUUUUUGAUACGACAGGAUAACAUUCCGAAGGCAAGAAAGAUCUUGGGUAGAGCCAUUGGUUUAUGCCCCAAGGCAAAAACUUUCAAAAGCUACAUUGAAUUAGAAGUGAAAUUGAAAGAAUUUGAUCGCGUUAGAAAAAUAUAUGAAAAAUUCAUUGAAUUCCGGCCCUCUGAUAUGCAAAUUUGGUUACAAUAUGCAGAAUUAGAAGAAAACUUAGGAGACGAAGAAAGAGUGAGAGGCAUAUACACGAUUGCGUUGGAUGAAAAUUCUCAAUUCCUGACCAGGGAGGCCAAAGUUCAAUUGCUUCAAAGAUAUAUAACAUUUGAGACGGAAUCACAGGAAUUUGAGAAGGCAAGGAAGCUUUAUAGAAAUUACUUGGAACUUAAUGAAUAUUCUGUGCAAAGCUGGAUCGAGUUUGCCAUGUAUCAAAGUUCAACUCCAACGGAUCAACAACUAUCAAAUUUGGCGAAGUUACAAAGUGAAAAUGUAGAUGAAGAUAUUGAAUUCGAAAUUACCGAUGAGAAUAAAGUGGAAGCAAGAAAAGUUUUUGAAGAAGCUGUUUUAUUCUACAAAGAUAAGGAUGAUAAACAAGCGCGAUUGUUUAUCUUAGAAGCAUUGAACGACUAUGAAGAAGGUUACGGUACCGAAGUGGAUCAAGAAAUUGUUAAAAAGAGAUUCCCCAAAAUAGUCAAAAGGACAAAGCUACAGAAUGGCAUAGAAGAGGAGUUUGAAGAUUACAUAUUCCCCGACGAUAUCGACGAUGAUAAGCCGAAACCAUCAAAGUUCUUGGAAUUAGCAAGAAAGUGGAAACAGGAACAGACCCUUUGA